AUGGCCAUCACCGCAACUGAGACCGCAGUCGAAAGCGCAAUUGAGCUUCCCGAUUUGACGCAAGGGAGUGGCCGUGAUGCUGAUUCGUCUGAGACCGGACCAGCGCAAGGGCCAGACCAACGCCUCAACAAGUCGGUGUACUUGAAGAUCAUCAGCGCUGGCUUCUCUUUCUUCGUAGCCGGCGUCAACGAUGGAAGCAUCGGAGCCUUGAUACCUUAUAUAAUACGCGAAUAUGACAUUAGCACGGCAAUUGUAUCGAGCGUCUACGGCGCCAACUUUCUCGGCUGGCUGUUUGCAGCCUUUGCCAACACCCAUCUCUGCCAAUAUCUCAACCUCGGCGCCAUGCUUGCCCUCGGAGCCGUGUUCCAGAUUGCGGCUCACGCUCUCCGAUCUUGGGAUCCUCCGUUUGGGCUGUUUGUCGUGACAUUCUGGCUUGUGAGUGUUGGGCAAGCAUUCCAAGAUACUCAUGCAAACUCGUGGGUCGCCGGCGCUGUUCCCAAAGGUGCUCACCGCUGGCUGGCCUUUAUUCACGCCAUGUACAUGGCGGGCUGCUUGGUUGGCCCGUUUGUUUCCACUGCCAUUGCGUCUGCCGGAGAUGUCUCGCGGUGGUAUCUCUUCUAUACGUUCCCGUUAGCUCUUGGCGUUGUCAACCUUGUGCUGACUUGCGUUGCAUUCCGAGAGACUCUUGGGCUUCAACAAAAGACUGUCACAAGUGAGACCGGCGGAAGAACCCUCGCUGAAACCGCCGAAACCCCCAACGAAGCUGUAUCAAGGAAUAAGGAGGCCACGCAACUCAUCAAAAAGACUGCAAGCACGCCCAGUGUCUGGCUGCUCAGCCUCUUCUUCUUCUUCUACCUCGGCUCCGUCCUUACUGCUGGCGGUUGGGUCGUGGAAUACCUGGUCAACGUUCGUCACGGUGACCUGUCGCAAAUGGGUUAUGUCCCUGCAGGCUUCAGCGGCGGCGGUCUUCUUGGCCGGUUGCUACUAGCAGAGCCAACGCAUAGAUUUGGAGAACGCCGAAUGGUGUUUUGCUACGUCGUUGCCGCGAUUGGCCUCCAGCUGAUAUUUUGGUUGGUGCCUAAUAUCAUUGCUGCCUCAAUCGCCGUCAGCUUGAUCGGCUUCUUUACAGGGCCAUUGUUCCCAACUGGCAUCUCGCUUGGGUCAAAGCUUUUCUCGCCAGACAUACACUCCACCGCGCUACCGCUGGUGUUUGUUUUUGCUCAGAUGGGAGGCUCAUUGUUCCCCAUCAUCACAGGCGUGGUAUCUGCCAAUGCUGGUGUAAGAGUGCUGCAACCGAUUUUGGUUGCCCUUCUUGCUACCACGGCGGUGACGUGGUUGCUGGUGCCAUCGCCAAAGUCAACAUCCAAUACUGCCCUGCAUCAAGAUAUGAAGACAUUGUUGGUGAACGCGUUCAUCGGUGAUAUGGCUCGUGUAAACGUUGGUGUUGCUGCCCCCGAUGAAUACACUGAUGACGAUGACUGCAAGAAAUACAAUGGGCAGUUUUGCUGGGACAACUCUGUUGAUCUCUGCCAGAAGAUGGCUGUGAAAUAA